AUGAGCAAUCCAAGACGCGACUACGUCUACUCGGGCGGGAUCCCGAUGGAUGAGCUGGACUCAGACUCACAAGAGCACCAAUACUCGAGCGGGAGAAGGCCAGAAAGUCGACGAUACUCACUGACCGACUCCGGUCCACCUGGAGGCUAUAAUUACCCUCUCCUCGGACAUCCAGUUGAUGAUGCUCCAGGCCUGCAACAUUACGAUACGGAUGAUGGAUUCAGUUUCACAGGCGAGCGGCCGGCUUCUUUUGCCGGCGAUCCCGAGGAGAACUGGACUGCGCGACAGCAGCAGCCAACGUUCAUUGCAAGCGGCGGCGGCCUCAGACGAGCCAAUACCAGAAAGAUCAAACUGCCCAAGUACCUCGACGUCGAAGGGGAGAAGGAAGAAUUUCUCACCAUGCGAUACACGGCUGCUACCUGCGAUCCCAACGAUUUUACUCUUUCUAACGGAUACAACUUACGACCUCGAAUGUAUAACCGGCAUACCGAACUUCUGAUUGCCAUCACGUACUACAACGAGAAUAAGGUCCUAUUAGCCCGUACUCUACACGGCGUGAUGCAGAAUAUUCGCGACAUCGUCAACCUCAAAAAGUCAAAAUUUUGGAAUGCCGGCGGCCCGGCAUGGCAGAAGAUCGUGGUGUGUCUGGUUUUUGACGGCAUCGACAAGGUUGAUAAGAACGUUUUUGAUGUUCUUGCAACAAUUGGCAUCUACCAAGAUGGUGUGGUGAAAAAGGAUAUCAAUGGCAAGGAGACCAUUGCUCAUAUAUUUGAGUAUACCAGCCAACUCUCUGUCACCCCAAACCAGCAGCUCAUACGACCAACAGCGGAUGAAAAAGAGUCUCGAACUCUACCUCCAGCUCAAUUCAUAUUUUGCCUGAAGCAAAAGAACAGCAAAAAAAUCAACUCCCAUCGCUGGUUGUUUAAUGCCUUUGGUCGGAUAUUGAACCCCGAAGUUACCAUCUUGAUCGACGCCGGAACGAAGCCAAGUCCUCGGUCCUUGCUUGCUCUCUGGGAAGCUUUCUACAAUGAUAAGAAUCUCGGCGGUGCAUGUGGAGAGAUUCAUGCAAUGCUGGGGCCACGGGGGAAAAAAUUGCUCAACCCACUCGUUGCGGUUCAGAAUUUCGAAUACAAGAUAUCAAACAUCCUUGAUAAACCCCUUGAAAGUUCCUUUGGCUAUGUUACUGUUCUUCCCGGAGCCUUCUCAGCCUACCGGUUCCGCGCAAUUAUGGGCCGGCCGUUGGAUCAAUACUUCCAUGGGGAUCAUACUCUUUCCAAGAUACUUGGCAAAAAGGGAAUCGAUGGGAUGAACAUUUUCAAAAAGAAUAUGUUUCUGGCUGAGGACCGAAUUCUCUGUUUUGAGCUGGUUGCUAAGGCUGGUCAGAGGUGGCAUUUGGGUUAUGUCAAGGCCGCCAAGGGAGAAACGGACGUCCCUGAAGGCGCAGCAGAGUUCCUCAGUCAACGCCGACGAUGGCUGAAUGGCUCCUUUGCUGCCUCCCUGUAUUCCCUUAUGCACUUUGGCCGAAUCUAUCACUCCAGCCACGGAAUCGUUCGCCUCAUCUUUUUACAUAUCCAGUUGAUUUAUAAUUUCUGCAACGUCUUCUUCAGUUGGAUCUCCCUGGCUUCCUACUAUCUCACCACUACAGUUAUCAUGCAGCUUGUCGGCACUCCCCAACCCGAGCUGAAUUAUCACGCCUGGCCGUUUGGAGACACAGCUACACUGAUCUUCAACGUGAUAGUCAAGUGGGUCUAUAUAAUCUUCAUCCUCGUUCAGUUCAUCCUUGCGCUGGGUAAUAGGCCCAAGGCCUCCCGAUAUACAUAUGUCGCAUCAUUUGCCGUUUUCGGACUCAUCCAGUUUUAUAUCCUUGUCCUCUCGUUCUAUCUUGUCGUUCGGGCCCUCUCUACCCCGCUUGGAGACCAAAUCUCAACAGACUCAGCAGCAGCAUUCUUCAAAAGCUUCUUUGGUGAUGGGGUCGCCGGGGUUAUCCUGCUCGCUAUUAUUACUAUUUUCGGCCUGAACUAUGUCGCAUCGUUUUUAUACUUAGAUCCCUGGCAUAUGUUUCACUCGUUCCCGCAGUACCUGGUCUUGAUGUCGACAUAUGUAAACAUCCUCAUGGUCUACGCUUUUAAUAAUUGGCACGACGUUUCUUGGGGAACCAAGGGGUCUGACAAAGCUGAUGCCCUGCCUUCGGCGAAGGUCAUCAAAGAGAAGGGUGACGAUAGUGCCGUUCUGGUGGAGGAGGUGGAAAGAGAGCAAGAAGACAUAGACAGCCAGUUCAAGAAGACGGUCUACAGAGCGCUGGCUCCAUUCAAAGAGGAGGAGGAGGAAGAGAGUAGGGCUCCCGAGGAUUCGUAUCGAUCUUUUAGGACUGGCCUCGUGAUCUUUUGGAUUCUAUCGAAUCUAGCAAUUAUUGUCGCCAUCACCAAUGAUGAUUUUGAACCUCUCGGUGUACCGGCCGCAUCCUCGGGCCGGACCCCUGUUUAUUUUAGAUUUCUACUGUACGCCACCGCUCUGCUUUCCUUGGUGCGCUUUAUCGGGUUUCUCUGGUUCAUAGGUAAAACGGGAAUUAUGGGCUGCUUUGCGAGGAGGUGA